GCUGAUGUUGAGUAAGAAAUCUCAAGUCUGGAGUAAGAUCAUUGUGGGUCCUGUGGUUGGGAAUCUGGUUGUUUUAGACUUCCUAUGGCGAUUGGGACAGCUCAUGUCUCGUGGGGGAUUCAGCCUGGACAAAUAAUGGGGAUUUUCAUUGAUGCUGCACUAAUGGUUAAUGUGGGGCUCAAGGCAGAGAAAUUGUUAAGUACCUUACUGCGUGGUGACCAGAAUUCAAGUGUCGCUGGCCUGUCUCCCGGUACCAGUCGCAGUUUCUCGUCCUUCCCACAGCGGGCGUGUGGUCCCGGGACAUUUCACUGCUGCGAGCGGCGUCGCUGCUCACUGCCAGCCCUUGACUCCGCGAGUUCGGCCCGGGGCUCAGAACCCCACUCGCUUCUCAAGAUGCCCGCGGGGCAACAGGCGCAGGGUGGCAAAAUGUUCGGGAUCCUCAAAGCGCAACAGGAGGAGCGAUUGGCUAGUGUUAAUAAGGAGUUUCUGGAAGACCAAAAGUAUCAAGAUGAAGAAAAUCUAGCAGAAAAUCUGGAAUCUUUCAAAAAGAAGUUUAUGGAAUUUGAUCUCAACGACCAAGGUGACAUUGACUUAAUGAGCUUGAAGCAGAUGCUGGAGAAACUAGGAGUGCCCAAGACUCACCUGGAAGUAAAGAAGAUGAUUGCAGAGGCUACUGGUGGCAGCAGCGAGACUAUCUCUUACAGCAACUUUGUCAUCAUGAUGCUGGGCAAGCGUUCCGCAGUCCUCAGAUUAAUUAUGAUGUUUGAAGGAAGAAGUGACGGAAAUGGUUCAAAACCCACAAGACCUCCUGCUAAGAGGGACAUCUCCAGCCUCCCGUGACUCUGAGCUGCUGAUGAAGACCUGGGAAUGACAAUGCACAUUUCUUGGAUUGUCAGUAGCCUUGUGGGAUGCUUUAUCUUGGCCUUUUUGAAGCGGUGGGUGAAUGGGAUUACAGCAAACUGAGCUCUUUGCAGCCCCUGUCAGUGGAGACUCAGCAUUUUUAUCUGCUAUUUUUCAAAUUCAUCUAAUUGCAUAAUUAUCAAUCUAACAAUAUCCAGCAGGCUUGGCCAGUUUUGGAUAUAAUAAUGCCCUUUUCCUUGCAGUCCCCUAACCUUCAAUAGAAAACACCAUUUAAGUUUCACGUUUGGUUCCUUGGAUAGCAUUGUUACUUUGGAGCCAGGAAGAUGUAGUUUCAAACUCCAAGGAUUUCAGUCCUCAGUCAAUACUGCCAACAUCUUUCCCAAGGUAUGCAGCAUUUUCAGAGGUACAGCUUUUGGAUAAAUCUUGACUGUUCUCUGAAGUAGCUGUAAAAGGUUCCCCUCGCAUGCGUUUGAAGAAAAGGUGGUUUCUACAUAGUGUCAUGGCUGAGGAUUUUCUCUAACCAACACCAUCACAGUAGAUUAUUGAGUCAUUCUACCAACACUAGGAGUCUGCUGCAUAUCCAAUACUCAUUACCAUUCUUGCCCUUUAAAAGUAGUAAUUCUCAGUGAAGAACUUUGGGAUAUCUGGGUUGCAUAAGGUGAUUACUUUUCAAAGCCUGGUGAGGUAUUCUUCAAAUAGAUCGGUACUCCAGUUCCUUCCUAUCCCUUAAUAAGUUGCUGCUGUUUCAUGUGGUGCUCAUUAUAUCUGGUGGCACUACCUUAAACAGUGGUGUGGGAGGGGUAAUCAGAGAUAACCCAUCUCUAUGCUUAAUUGCAGUCCAUUCGGCCUCAUUUCUAUCUACUAUCUUCCAUUUGGUGUCUGAUUUGAUUAACUUAGUUUUAGGAUCCCAUGUCUCACUCUCAACAGAAGUGGAAGUAUUUUCUCCUGCACCCACAUAAGAAAAUAUUUUCUUAACCUUGUAAAGAUUUCCUGCAGAUCACAACACAGUACAGACAAAGUUGUUCCAACCUGAGUGAGUAAAAGUUGAGAAUUAUCGACGCAAGAGAUUUUGCAGAUGCUGUAAAUCAAGAGCCACACACACAAAAUGCUGGAGGAACAGCAUGUUAUAAACACGGGAUUCUGUACAUACUGGGAAUCCAGAGCAACACACAACUUGCUGAAUUCCUCCAGCAUUUGUGCAUGAGAAUGGUAGACUUUUGGAUGCUUAAGGGGUGUGGGGGACUGAGAAUGAUGAUCAACGAUAAUAUUUACACAUGAGGAAGGAUUAUAUGGAUUUCUAUGUGACUGCACCAAUAUGAUCUCAAUAUAUAAUCUUGCCACCAUUAAAUAAGUAAUCUCAGAGUUCUGGUUCCACUGUUGUAAAUCCUUUUUGCUUUUGUAAUAUUUAAUGUUUUGUUAAUAAUCUUUGAUUAAGUUGGCCAAUACCACUCCAUUUCUGCCACCUUUCCUGCCUCUGAUGUACAAUUUAUUUCUAGUUCUCUCAGCUCAUUAGUUUUGGAAAUAGUUUCUAACUCCUUAUUCUAUUGUUCAUCUCCCUGUAUGUGGAGGUUUCAGUACAUUGUGUUGUAGGAAUAAUGAUUCAUUUCAUGAUUUUGUACAGCUUCAGAUGCGGAAUAAACCAAUUAUUUAAUGGAAAAUAGUCUCACUUUGUUCAACCAUAAACAUUCCAAUGUUUAUUUCGAAUAAUUGGCUGUAACGCUUCACAGCUCUAAUAGCGGAAUUCAUUGAUGUGGUACUCAUGUGAAUAGAUGUGUAACUGAUAAUGAAAUUGCAUUAAUAUCGAACCUUCCCCACUGACUGCCUGGUGUAACAAGAUCUCAUCAAAAGUUUUUUCUGUCUCAGACACAUUGAGGUGUGUGUCCUGACUAUGGA